AUGAAGGUGGUGCCAGCAGCCCCCGCCGCGUCGCCCGGCCCCAGCUGCGCUCUCAAGGGCGCGGGGGGCGAGCCUUUGCCGCGGUGCCUCUCGGAGCAGAGCGUGUCGCUGUCCCGCGUGGGCAGCGCCCCUUCCCGGGGAUUGCCCCUCGGCCCCGAUCAAGCCGCCGCUGCCGCCGCCGCCUCGCUCCUCCUGGACAUGAAGGGCUGCUACUCGCGCCUGGCCGCGCUGGUGCCCACCUUGCCCCGCCAUCGCCGCGUCUCCAAGGUGGAGAUCCUCCAGCACGUCAUCGAUUACAUUUGGGAUCUCCAGCUGGAGUUGCAGGACCCGCUGGGCACCGGGGCGCCCUCUCCGCGGGGCGUGGACGAGCCGGCUGGAGGAGCCGAGCCUGCUUGCGUUAGCCCGGACGACCGAAUCUUAUGCCGCUGAAGAUCCAUUGAUCGGCCUCGCCAAAGAGAUCUGUUUGAAAAUGCUUCUUUAUCCCUCCAAUGGCUGGGAAAACGGGGCGCUUCGGUGGCGAUUAGUGGGGGGGUUUCUCUGUCUCUACCCCCAUUUCCUUCUCCCCCCGAGAUUUGAGCUGGACACGGCAGAUGGAAACUGGUUUUCAGAGGGUCAAGAUAACAACGACGGUGCUUUCAAUUCCGGACGGGACGAGACUGCUAGAAUCGGGACUUAAAAUAGUACCAUCCCAAUGGGGUUGGCCCCUCUGAUGAACUUCUGGACUUCAACUCCCAGAAUUCCUGAGCCAACAUGGGGAAGGGUUGACCCCCUUGGAUGACUUCUGAACUUCAACUCCCAGAAUUGAUAUAUGGGACAGUGCCUUUCUCUCCCCUCCCCCCCCUGCUUUCUCAAAAGCAGGGACUCAGACCUCCCGCGAAUAUUUCUCAGUUUUCUGAGAAUGGGGCUGUAUUGUAUAUUACAAUGUUCCUAUUUCUGAGAAUAUUUUUCUACCAUAGUUAUUUUGUUUUUGUUGUUGCUCUUAUUAUAGGGAACAAAUGCAUAUUGCUGUGAAAAAAA